AUGCCGGCCGCCGUCGAUGACCCGACCGGCCCCACAAUCCAUCGGGUCUCCGGCCAGCCUCCGUUCCCGGACCCGAACAACCCGGUGCUGCCGCCGGACAUCGUGCCUCGUCGGGUGACACUAAGAGACCGGCAGACGGUGGCGACGAUUGUGCCGCUGGCGUCGCGGCACCAGGUGCCCGCAUCGCUGGCGGCGUACCUGUGCGCGCAGAUCAACAAGGAGAUUGACGGCGGCGACACGUACCCCUUGAUGGACGCCUUUACCACCGACGCCUUUGCCGACUUCUGGUUCCAGAACUUUGGCGCCGUCAUGCUGCUGGGGCACAUUGAGAGCGCCGACAAGGUGCCUGAUGGCGCCGACUGGGCCAAGGAGUGCCUGGGCAGCUUCUACAUCCGACCCAACUACCCGGGCCGCAGCAGCCACGUCUGCAACGGCGGCUUCCUUGUCACCGACGCGUCCCGCAACCGCGGCGCCGGCCGGUUGAUGGGCGAGGCCUACAUUGACUGGGCGCCGCGGCUGGGCUAUACGUACAGCGUCUUCAACCUCGUCUACGAGACCAACGUAGCGUCGUGCAAAAUCUGGGACGCCCUGGGCUUCAAGCGCAUCGGCCGCGUCAAGGGCUGCGGCAGCCUCAAGAGCUACCCGGGCCGCUUCAUCGACGCAAUCAUCUAUGGCCGCGACCUGGCCCCCGGCGGCGAGGAGAUAGCGGAGGAGCUGGUGAUUGAGGAGCGCUUCGACAAGAUCAAGUACUACCUCAAGUACGGCAAGUACCCCAACGGCGCCGACCGCGCCGAGAAGAGCCGCCUGCGUAGCGCCGCCACGCACUACAAGCUGCUCGAUGGCGACAAGCUCAUGCUCAAGGAUAAGGAGGUCAUCUCGGACCCGCAGCGGCAGUACGAGAUUGCGCGCAGCGUCCACGUUAUGCAUCACGGCGGCAUCAACAAGACCACGGCCACCAUCGCCGAGAAGUACCACUGGAGCCGCAUCAAGGAGACCGUCAGCGACGUCAUACGCGCCUGUCCCGAGUGCAAGGAACUCGGCAAGACGCCCAAUCCGGGUGGC